AUGGCCGCACUCAGUCCGAAGCCGACCAUUGCCGGUCUGGUGACUGCUGGUCUGCUGCUCGCUCGUCAAGUGAGCGGCCAGUGCUUUCAGCUCACAGGCUCAGCGGCCUGUCCCGCUUUCACGACGCAGUACAUCAAUCCGACCAAUCUGUCGGGGUCUUGGCCGUUCUUUACCGCCGUGACCGAUGUCAACUCGUUCGACACUGCCUUUGAUGCCUACCUGACCGAUCCCAAUCAGUUCAGGCAGACCAAGUAUGUCGACCAGCUCGGGUGUCCGGCUUCUGCGGCAUCGGAAGCCACCGAUUUCACACUUCAGUGGACGCGGACAUACCUUUGCGGCGAGUUCACCCAGAUCAGCUAUACCGCUGGCUGUUACACUGGCACCAACGUCGUGCGAACGAUGACCUGCCAAGAUACUUGCGUUGCCUUUGCAGACGCAGAGAACACGCUCGUCAAUAACUCCGCGGUCUGCCCAAGCAAUUCGCUCUCGACAGCCGCAAGAGACGCUCGGCUUACGCAAGAUUUCACUUCCUGCACGGAUUGGCCGUCACUCACGUCGACCAACUACUCACUGUGUGUCAAGGGAUCGACCAACGAAGGCAAUUGCGGCUUCGGCACGUCUACGAGUCAGCUGUGCAACUACUGCAAUCCUUCCCUAUCCUCUUCUGGUGAAGUCGAUUCUUGCUGCACCGGCACGAACACAGACAUCACCUCGUGCGGCUUCGUUCUCGCUGCAUCACAGGUCACCACGUCAGUGUAUCCUACCGCGACCGUGCCCAGUUCAGCUUCAGCCGCUGCCAGCCUUUCCAGCGCCGUCGCGUCGCUCAGCUCUGCGGCCAGUGCAGCAGCUGCCGCUGCUGCCACUGGUACUGCCGGAAGCGGCGGCUCAGGCUCUGCUGGCGCAGGCUCGGACAAUGGUGGCACAGCCACGUCGACGGGCGGCAGUGGGCUGUCAUCGGGCGCGAAGGCAGGCAUCGGAGUGGGUGCCGCCAUCGGUGCCCUCAUCCUGCUCGCUCUUCUUUUCUUGCUCUGCUCUCGCAUGCGCAAGCGCAACAAGUCGGGCUAUCGCGAUUCGGAAGCCUCGAUGCUCGGCGUCGGCGGAGGGCCGAACAACUCGAGUCAUCCCUCCUCUGGCGUGCUUGCUGGCGGUGCCAUGGCAGAGAAGGACCUCGAGAAGCCCAUUCUCACCAAGAAGAGUACUCAAACAUCGAGCUCUAAGGACGCUCCGUCUACUGCCGCGACGACGCCCUCUGGCAUUGGCGAGAAGGGCUCUAAGCCGAACAGCUUGAAAGACCCAUUCUCGGACGCAGCAGCAGGCGCGUUCGGCGGAGGCGCAUUGGCAGGAGCAGGAGCUCUGGCUUUGCAUGAGAAGGACAAGGACGAGAAGCAUGAUACAGAUUCAUCAGGUGAAGACCGACCUGUCUCUGGCGCGACAAACACGACUGGUUCGAGCAACGAAGGACGAAGCUUGGUCGCAUCGUACAGAGAUCAAUAUUCUGCGACUGAUAUCACACCAGGCAGCGAGGUCGUCGCGAUCUACGCGUAUAAUCCGAAUCUGCCGGACGAGCUCAAGCUUGAGCCAGACACUGUCAUCGUCGUUCGAAAGAUUUUCGAUGACGGAUGGGCAGUGGGCAGCAUCAAGGGUGCUGCGCCGACCGAAGGACCCAAGGAGGGCGCCUUCCCGCUCGUCGUCUGUUGUGCAGCCGGAUCAGACGCAGCCGACGGACUCUCAAGCUCGUCCUCGCUCUCGGAUCCCACCAGCCGAUCUUCGUCGUUCCAUUCUGCUAGUCAGCAGACGCCUGCAGCUACGCCUGGCUCACAGGAGGGCGGCGGCAAUGGCUUCUUCUCCAACUUGCUGGGCACAGGCAGAAGAUAA